AUGAGAUGUGUUGCCCACAUUUUAAACUUGGUGGUUCAAGAUGGUAUUAAAAAGGUUGAUAAGCCGGUUGAGAUAAUUAGAUGGGCGGUAAAGUGGAUUAGACAAUCACCUUCAAGAAUUGGCAAAUUCACCAAGUUUGCCAAGCUUGUUAAUCCGGGUACAACGAAACACUUGGUAAGAGAUGUUCCAACAAGAUGGAACUCAACUUAUCGUAUGUUGAAUAUUGCCCAAGCUUAUGAAAAAACUUUUGAGAGAUACGAUCUAGAGGAAUAUGAGUUUUGUUCCGACGUUGAAAAGGCGGGUUUAUCGAUUCCUUCACCGAAUAUUUAUUCCAUCCGUACACUCUUGGAUGAUGCUAUUCCCGAUGCUAGCCAUUGUGAUAUUGCAUUGGCAAUGAGAGUAAAGUUUGAUAAGUAUUUUGGCGAUGUAGAAAAAAUGAAUUUAUUGCUCUACUUUGCUUUGAUUCUUGACCCGAGGAACAAAGUAAAGUAUUUGGUUAUACUACUUGAGGAUUGUUAUGGAAAAGAAAAGAUGGAGGAGAAAAAGAAAUAUAUUAUGGAUUCUAUGUAUGAAUUAUAUAAUGAUUACAUUAGAAUUCAUUCUCCAAGUACUACUUCUAGUACAACCAAGUCUAGUAAUUCAUUGUCGAUUUUAGGAAAACGCCAAAAUCUGAAUGCUACAACACCAAAACCACCAUUGAGAAAUAAGCUAAGAGAAAAGAUGAAAACAAACAUAGUUGAAUCAAUUGGUGAGUUAGAAAAGUAUUUGAAAGAAAGUGUUGAAGAAGAUUCGUCAAUGUUUAACAUUUUAGAUUGGUGGAAAGUGAAUAGUCCAAGAUUCCCAAUUCUAUCAUUGAUGGCUAAAGAUUUGUUUGCUAUUCCUGUUUCGACUAUGGCUUCGGAAUCUGUUUUUAGCACUAGCAGGAGGGUUUUGGAUCCGUAUAGGAGUUCUUUGACUCCUAAGAUUGUUGAAAGUAUAAUUUGUACCCAAGAUUGGCUUCGGGGUGGUAUAAGUGACAACAUCGAUUUUGAACAAGAUUGGGAAAACCUACAAGAAAUUGAUAAAGGAUUAGGAGAAGUUGAUGGAAUAUAUCCUCAGUAUUCCACAUUCGUGAAGGCAUUCCGCCGCCCGGUUGAAGAACGCGGCAAAUUUUUUAAGAGAAGACAAGAAGGAGCACGUAAGGAUGUGGAAUAUGCUUUUGGAGUGCUAAAGGUGAAGUGGCAUAUAGUCGAACAUGCAACACGACACGUUCAGUUUCAACCAGGAACAGUAGAUUAUUUGCAUCGCGUUGUUGACAUUCAGGACGUAAAUAAACACAGACAACUUCGAGAGGACUUAGCGGAUUAUAUCUUCUACGGUAACAAUAACGAUAACGAAUAG